AUGAAUACAAAUUGUGAAACAAAUAACAUAGAAAUGUAUGAAAUGCAGAAAAAGUUAGGAUCGGGUAGUUUUAGUGAAGUAUAUAAAGUAAAAGAUAAACACAUUGGAAGGAUAUACGCCAUUAAAAAAUGUCCAUUAAAUGGUUGGAAUGAAAAGCAAAAACAAAACAUUUUAAACGAAACGCAAAAUUUGAUAAAAUUGCGCUCAGAUUAUGUCAUUCAAUACUAUUAUUCAUGGAUUGAAAAAAAUUGUUUAUACAUUCUUAUGGAUUGUUUGAUCGGAAGUUUAGCACAACUUUUACAAAAUAAAAAACAAAUUUUUGGGGAAAUAAUGUCGGAAUUUGAAUAUUAUAUAUCAUAUAAAUUAUUCGAACAAUUAGUGAAAAGUGUGGAGUAUUUGCAUAAAAAUAAUAUCAUUCACAGAGACCUCAAACCCGAUAAUGUGUUGAUAUCCAGCGAUAACCGCUAUAAUAGAUAUAUAAAGUUAUGUGACUUCGGUUUGUCUAAAGAAGUGCAUGUAUUGAGUGAUGAAUACAAUCAAAGUAGUGUUAAACACACCAAAGAUGUCGGAGAUAAUGAAUAUCAGGCAACGGAAGCGCAGACCACUGAAUACAACUAUUUAAUAGAUGUCUAUAGUCUGGCACUCAUUGGAGCGAAAAUAUUUGGCCAUGAUGAAUUAGAAUCAAUCACCAAGCUCAAUCGUUUAAAAGACAUCCAGGUCAGAACUGAAGAGCGCAUGAACUCGGCUCAGCUCAAACACAUAAAACAAACCCUUGUUUUCUACGACAUCCCACCCGACAUAGACGUGGUGUGUAUUAUGUCCGGUCAUGGUAAAAGCCAAACAAGACUUGAAAGUCAAGGAUGGUCAGAGUUGGUAACACUACUUUCAAGCAUAUAUUGCUAUCGUUUGCAAAGUCGAGGACUACUUAGGUUCUCGUUGUCCAACAUCGCACACAUUGAAUGA